AUGGAUGCAAAGCUGGAAGAAGCGACGGUUUCGCAACAAAUAGACGUUGACAUUGCUGGCCUCAAAGAUGAACUUCCACCUCCCCAGCAAGGCCCCAUUACAGAGGCAGAGAAGAACCUUCUGUGGAAACAAGACCUCCGAAUCAUCCCCAUCUCUGCGGGCAUCUACUUCCUCUGCUUCCUCGACCGCGCCAACAUCGGCAACGCAAAGGUCCUCAAUGUAUCAACCAACGACGACCUGCAGCACACAGCCAACAUGAGCAACAAGCAGUUCAACGUCGCUCUCAUGGUCUUCCUCGUUGCCUACGCCGUCUUCGAGGUCCCCAGCAACAUCCUGCUCAAGAAGCUGCGUCCGAGCCGGUGGCUGGCCUUUUUGAUGUUUUGCUGGGGCGCCAUCACCAUGUGUAUGGGUGCUACGGGUAGUUUUGCCAGCGUGACGGCGGUAAGAUUCUUGCUCGGGGUGUUUGAGGCGGGCUUAUUUCCGGGACUGGUGUAUUACUUGACGUUUUGGUAUAAACACGACGAGCGAAGUGUACGAGUGGCUUUUAUUCUCGCGUCGGCGACAUUGGCUGGAGCUGUAACCUGUUCACAGUUUGGUGGAGCCAUUGCUUAUGGCAUCGGACACAUGAACCAAGCACAAGGCCUUGCCGGCUGGCGCUGGCUUUUCAUCAUCGAGGGCAUCCCAUCCUGCUUGUCCUCAUUCCUUGUCUAUUUCUUCUUACCCGACUACCCUGAGAGUGCCACCUGGCUGUCCGAGCCGGAAAAAGACCUCGCUGUUCAACGCCUCUUUCACGAGGGCAGCAAAGGCCAUCAUCCUAGCAUGACUUGGCAGGAUGCCAAGGCCACUCUCACUGAUUGGCGUCUGUAUGCUCACUAUCUCAUUUACUUUGCCAUUAGCCCGCCGUUUGCCAGUCUCAGUCUCUUUUCGCCGUCCAUCACGAGUGGUCUUGGAUAUGUUGACUUGAAGGCGCAGCUCAUGACUGUGCCACCUUGGGCUGUUGCCUACGUUUGCCAAGUCAUCGUCGCGAUAUCAGCUGACCGCUUCAAUGCCCGAGCCCUACACGCUGCAGGAGCUGCUAUGGUUGGUGCUAUUGGCUUCAUAAUCUCAGCCGCUCUACCGGCAACCUCGUACAAGUCUCGCUAUGGAGGCCUCAUCCUCGCUACCGCAGGCUCAUUUGCCAGCAUCCCACCCCUGCUGGGCUGGCUGACCUCAAACGUGGUCAGCACCGCCUCCACAGGGUUGGCAAUCGCCAUCAACGUGAGUAUUGGUGGAGGGCUUGGACAGAUCCCUGGUGUGUGGAUUUACAAGGCAGAUGAGGCGAAGAAAGGCUAUCCAACAGGCCACUGGACGAAUGCGGGCUUUCUGCUGCUCGUUGUGAUUGUUACUCUUGGGCUAAGGGUGUUUUAUGGGCGUAAGAAUAAGGCUUUGAUCGCCCAUGGGGAGAGAGAGGGAGUGCCUGUUAGACUUUAUAAGCUCUAA